AUGAAUCAUCAAAUGAUUAUUUUGCUUUAUGCGUUUAUGACGAAUUCAUGGCACAAUGCAUUGGCUGCUGAACCUCCCAGUGUUACUAAAACAUUUGCAGCCGCUCAAACCUUUUUUGCGAACCCCGAACGAGGAUGGAUUACACAUCGAUUCUCGGAUGAUAUUUACGACGUUAAUAGUCUGCGAAGUAGUGUCGAAAAAGUGUCACUACUCUUGAUCAAAAUAGACAUAUCAGCUUAUCGGAAUAGUUCACAUAUUGGGCAAAGUAAACUCAAUGAAAUUCGUUCAGUACUUGCGACUUGCCGUCAACAAGGUUUAAAAGCCAUCAUGCAUUCGGCAUAUUCCUGGGAUUUAGUUCUUGCUCCAGAACUGAAAAAUCUCGAAACUGUCAAAGCUCAUAUCAUGGACAUGAAACCAAUUUAUUAUGAAUAUGAAGAUAUCAUCGUCGCUGUCGAAAUGGGUAUGUUUGGACCGUGGGGCGAAAUGCAUUCAUCAUAUUUCAGCACCACGAACACAGCACUGUUUUAUCCCAUCAAGACCAGUGCACUCAGAGAAGUACACGCCACCUACAUGUCUACAUUGCCAACUACGCGGUCUGUCAUCCUUCGUACGCCGUACUACAUUCGUCAAGUUUUUAAUAGUGAUAUUCCUCUUUCAUCCGCUGAAGCUUAUAGCAAGAAUCCGAAAGCACGCACUGGUUAUCACAACGAUGCUUAUCUUGCCAGCAGCAGUGAUGAAGGUACUUUCGAUUAUGGAUGGUCACGAGCUCAAGAACUCGCUUACAUUGGUCAAAUGACUCGUUAUGCAUUUUUUGGUGGAGAAACGUUUGGCACUCCUAAUAGUGCAUAUAACAAAGCCCAAAAUGCCUUGGCAGAAUCAAAACAACAACAUAUGACAUAUCUUAAUCGAGAUUAUAACCCACCGAUUUAUAAUGCAUGGGGCACCGCCGUAAAACAAGAAUUUACGCGUAAACUUGGCUACUGUUUUCAGCUGCAAAGUCUUUCUCAUUCAAAAGAGGUGGUACCCGGUGGCAUUUUGAGUUUUUCUUUGAAACUACAAAAUAUCGGCUUUGCAGCUAUGCAUUUGACUCGACCUGUUAAAUUAACACUUGAUAAUGAUAAAACUGGCAAUGCACGCAUCACAUACAACACCACUCUCAGUGUUGAUCCUCGAACGUGGACACCUGAAGCCAAUGUUAUAAGUAUUGAUCGUAAACUUUGUGUUCCAGUAAAUAUCAAGGAAGGCGUCUGGCGACUACUUUUGACAUUACCCGAUGUUAGUACCCGUUUGCAGAGCGAUGUACGCUAUACAGUUCGAUUGGCCAAUAAAAACAUCUGGAACACAUCUAUUAGCCAAUGA